AAGCGUUUCUGGCUUCCCCGACUUAUUCAAUAAGCUUUCUCGUCUGACGAAACUUGAAAAACUAGAUGCCACAAGAUGCAUGAAUCUAGGAGGAGAAAUUCUUAUAGAUGGGUUGUCAUCACUGAGGAUCCUUCGAUUUGGUUGGACAAACAUUUCUGGUUUCUCCAAUGGAUUCAAUAAACUUUCUCUUCUUGAGAAACUUGAAGAAUUAGAUAUCGACAAUGCAAGAAUUUGGGAGGGGAAAUCCCUAUGGAUGGGUUGUCUUCACUGAAGAUCCUUCGAUUAAAUGGAACAAGUGUUUCUGGCUUCCCCGACUUAUUCAAUAAGCUUUCUUGUCUAGCGAAACUUGAAGAACUAGAUGCCACAGGCUGCAUGAAUCUUGGAGGGGAAAUUCUUAUAGAUGGGUUGUCAUCACUGAAGAUCCUUCGAUUUGGUUGGACAAACAUUUCUGGCUUCUCCAAUGGAUUCAAUAAGUUUUCUCGUCUUGAGAAACUUGAAGAAUUAGAUAUCAGACAAUGCAAGAAUCUGGGAGGGGAAAUCCCUGUGGAUGGGUUGUCUUCACUGAAGAUCCUUCGAUUAAAUGGAACAAGCAUUUCUGGCUUCCCCGACUUAUUCAAUAAGCUUUCUCGUCUGGCGAAACUUGAAGAACUAGAUGCCACAGGAUGCAUGAAUCUAGGAGGGGAAAUUCUUAUAGAUGGGUUGUCUUCACCGAGAAUCCUUCGAUUUGGUUGGACAAGCAUUUCUGGCUUCUCAAAUGGAUUCAAUAAGCUUUCUCGUCUUGAGAAACUUGAAGAAUUAGAUAUCAGACAAUGCAAGAAUCUGAAAGGGGAAAUCCCUGUGGAUGGGUUGUCUUCACUAAAGAUCCUUCGAUUAAAUGGAACAAGCGUUUCUGGCUUCCCUGACUUAUUCAAUAAGCUUUCUCAUAUGGAGAAACUUGAAGAACUAGAUGCCACAGGAUGCAUGAAUCUAGGAGAGGAAAUUCUUAUAGAUGGGUUAUCAUCACGAGGAUUCUUCGAUUUGGUUGGACAAGCAUUUCUGGCUUCUCCAAUGGAUUCGAUAAGCUUUCUCGUCUUGAGAAACUUGAAGAAUUAGAUAUCAGACAAUGCAAGAAUCUAGGAGGAGAAAUCCCUGUGGAUGGGUUGUCUUCACUGAAGAUCCUUCGAUUAAAUAGAACAAGCAUUUCUGGCUUCCCCAACUUAUUCAAUAAGCUUUCUCGUUUGGCGAAACUUGAAGAACUAGAUGCCACAAGAUGCAUGAAUCUAGGAGGAGAAAUUCUUAUAGAUGGAUUGUCUUCACUGAGAAUCCUUCGAUUAGGUUGGACAAGCAUUUCUGGCUUCUCAAAUGGAUUCAAUAAGCUUUCUCGUCUUGAGAAACUUGAAGAAUUAGAUGUUUGCGAAUGCAAGAAUUUUGAAGGGGAAAUCUCUGUAAAUGGGUUGUCUUCACUGAAAAUCCUUCGAUUAAGUGGGACAAGCGUUUCUGGCUUCCCUAACUUAUUUAAUAAGCUUUAUUGUCUAGAGAAACUUGAAGAAUUAGAUGUCGAAGAUUGCGAGAAUCUAGGAGGGGAAAUUCUUAUAAAUGGGUUGACUUCAUUGAGGGUUCUUCGAUUAGGUUGGACAAACAUUUCUGGCUUCUCCAAUGGAUUCAAUGAGCUUUCUCAUCUUGAGAAACUUGAAGAAUUAGAUGUUUGCGGAUGCAAGAAUCUGGAAGGGGAAAUCUCUAUAGAUGGGUUGUCUUCACUGAAAAUCCUUCGAUUAAGUGGGACAAGCAUUUCUGGCUUCCCUAACUUAUUCAAGAAGCUUUCUCGUCUGGAGAAACUUGAAGAACUAGAUGCCACAGGAUGCAAGAAUCUAGGAGGGAAAAUUCUUAUAGAUGGGUUGUCUUCACCGAGGGUCCUUCGAUUAGGUUGGACAAACAUUUCUGGCUUCUCCAAUGGAUUCAAUGAGCUUUCUCGUCUUGAGAAACUUGAAGAAUUAGAUGUCAUAGGAUGCGAGAAUUUAGAAGGGGAAAUCCCUAAAAAUGGUUUGUCUUCACUGAAAAUCCUUCGAUUAAUUUGGACAAGCGUUUCUGGCUUCCCCAACUUAUUCGAUAAGUUCUCUCGUUUGGAGAAACUUGAAGAGUUGGAUGCUAGGGGAUGCCGGAAUCUGGGAGGGGAAAUUCUUAUAGAUGGGUUGUCUUCACUGAGAAUCCUUCGAUUAGGUUGGACAAGCAUUUCUCGCUUCUCUAAUGGAUUCAAUAAGCGUUAUCAUCUUGAAAAACUUGAAGAAUUAGAUGUCACAGGAUGCGAGAAUUUGGAAGGGGAAAUCCCUAUAGAUGGGUUGUCUUCACUAAAGAUCCUUCGAUUAGGUGGGACAAGCGUUUCGGCUUCCCAACUUAUUCAAUAAGCUUUCUUGUAUGGAGAAACUUGAAGAAUUAGAUGCCAUGGGAUGCAAGAAUCUAGGAGGAGAAAUUCUUAUAGAUGGGUUGUCUUCUUUGAGGAUCCUUCGAUUAGGUUGGACAAGCAUUUCUGGCUUCUCCAAUGGAUUCGAUAAGCUUUCUCGUCUUGACAAACUUGAAGAAUUAGAUGUCAGUGAAUGCAAGAAUCUAGAAGGGGAAAUCCCUAUAAAUGGGUUGUCUUCACUGAAAAUCCUUCGAUUAAGUGGGUCAAGCAUUUCGGCUUCCUCGAUGGAUUCGAUAAGCUUUCUUUUCUUGAGGAACUUCAAUUAUAAAACCGUGAGAUGCUUCAAUCGUUGCCGUAAAGCAUCACUUAUCAGCCUUCUCUACAACUCCUUCGCCUGAAGGCGUCACAAUCUUUGGUCGCUCCCACAACUUCUUGCCUGUUUAACAAAUUUAAGAGUCACCAGUCAGCAUCACACAUUGCCUCAACUUUCUCAUCUAGUCCACCUAAAAGUGUCCGUUGUUGAUUUUUGCCAACUGUUGAAAUCCUUGCCAGAGCUUCCUUCUAGAUUAUUGGAGCUUUGUGUUUACAAUUGCAAUGAGUUGAAAGAGUUACCAAGUCUAUCGAGAUUGGAAUUCUUGUCAAAAUUAGUUCUUUCUUGUUGCAAUGAGCUGAUUCUUUGUUCAUAGAUGCCGAAAGUUGUCCAACCUUGACGGCCUUGAACAUCUAUUGAAAAACUUAGAAAAUUUGAGUUUACCUGGCUGCAGAUCCAUGGAAACAUUACCAAACCUCUCGUGCUUCGAUAACCUGACAUAUUUGAACAUUAGAGGGUGCUCAAAGCUUCGUGACGUUCAGGGACUGGAGAAAGUUGCAAAUAUGUACAAAUGAGGGAUUUAACUCCGAACCUCAGCAAAUUGUCCCCCAUCUGUGGAAAUUCGAAGAUUUAAUGAAAAGAUGGGGGUCAAUCUCGCAUAUACUCGUGGAGAUCACAGAGCUCUAGGAAUCGAGGUGUUCCACUCUAAAAGAUUUUCAGCGAUGCAACUUAUCAGAAUUCCAUUGCACUACUGCAGCAGAGAGAAACAAUGGGUCCCCGAAUUCACGUUUUGCUUUGAAAGGUAAAUAAAGCAGGUAACACUGUUCAUUGUCCAGAUGCAUUGCCAAAUUUCAUUAGUAGUUCCUACUUUAUAACACCAUUUUGCUUGAUAGCCCGAUAUUCUUCUACACUUGUCUUUUACGUAGUUCAGGGAAUGUUGACUCUGGUCGUGGAAGUUGACACGAUGCUUCAGGGGUAUCGUGCUAUGGAUCUUGGUAGGAGUUAAUAACAAAUUUACAAGGAAAAGUAGAAGGAUUUACCAACGUUCUAAUAGAUCAGAAGAUUACCGAUGUCUUUCAGAUUUUAUAGGCGUGGAACGUGGAAGCUGACGAAGGAAUAUGAUAUGAUGCUUCGGAGAAAUCACUCUCUUGAUAAUGCCAACAAUCAGAUGUCAUAGCCAUCAAAUACUUUCAAUUUCAUCUUAUAUGUGAAGAUGCUCAAAUGGAAGAACAGUUGCCUCAAAUGAGCCAUAUGUACUUUUCAGGAAACCCCUCUACUAAAGUUAUCUCAGUCCCUCAACAAUUAUUUUCAUGGACACGGAUUCAGGGCCUGUGGAGGUAUCUUCGGGCAACCAAAGCAGCUUCCGUGACAAGGCAGAGGACGUUGACGACAUCCUCGACGUUGCAUUUGCUUCCUUUAAACGGUUCGCCCUUUGUAGUUCUCGAAGUUGGCCAUGCAGCUCAUUCUCCUCUGUCUCUGCCCGACGCUGCUCGCCCUUGACGAGUUCCUCGACGAGUCUCCAACGGAGUCGGGCCUCAAGUCCCUCGACGAGUUCCUCUCCGGCAAGACCUCCAUCUCCGGAGAUCAGCUCACGAAGGAGGAAGGACGACAUCAAGGUGUACGCCGCGGUUCUCGAGAAGCCCGGAGGUUCGUUCCCGAACGCCGGCAAGUGGUACCGUCAUUUGUGCUCUCCCACAAAGGAAUGCACAACAAUUACAAAGCUGCAAAUUCGAAAGUACAUUUGCAAACCAAUUCGGUACCAAAGACAGAACUAGGAGGGUGGACGUCAGUGAAGUCAGCAAAAGCAACUUUUGCUUCUAAUAUGCCAAUUAUGAAGCACGGGCAAAAAGAUGUGUUAUCAAACAGAAAGGUCAGGGUGGAUGAAAGAGACUGUCGACUUGCCAUUGAGUCGGAUGAGGAGAUUGACAGUGGAUUUCCUUGCUUGCUUGAUGACAGGGAGACGGGUAAAACUAAUUUCUAUUCCUUAUGGAAUGAUAAGUACCCGUCAGCUGCUACUAGUUGGGAAGUAAAUGGAAGUAUCACCAGAUUUACAAAGGCAUUCGGGACCAAGAUUAAGUCCAUCAGCUCCACUUAAGAUUGACAUGUAGAAUGUUAUUAUUUUCCACAAACCUGAUACCAUUCAUGAAAGCUAGUAAACAGAUUAAUUUUAAAGAUAUCUCCAGCUUUGUGCAGCUAUAUAGAUGUUUAAAAAAAAGCACUAUCCCUCAUCAAAAUUC